ACGGCUGAUGCGCGCGCACAACACCGUCCCCCUCGCAACUGUCAAAAUAAUUUACAAAUCUGCCUAAACUUUUCUGAAGUGGAAUAUUCUUAUAAACACAAAUUAUUACUAUUUAAACUUUUAUUAUUUAUUAUUAUUGUUAAUUCGAGCAAAUAUGCCACCGAAAAAGCUUCCUAGCCUACAUGGGGUUAAAAUGCCUACCAUAUGGCCUACUAAGUCCUCCGAAAAAUCCAUAGGGCUUCUACUAAAAAAGCUAAAACAAAAAGAAGCAACUAAAUCACGAGCUAAUUUAGCUGAGGAUGAAGGUCUGGAUUGGCUCAAACCUCGUGCACUCAUCAAACCUGAUGAUCAGGAAGAAGUUUCAGAAGCUGACUUGGAAGAAGAAGUGGGUCGUGUACUGUGUACCGUCAACCCUCAAUGGGUGCCCGACGAAGUGGCCUACCAUUAUGGCCGCGCGAUGUUUGUCGCGAAACCUAAACCUACCUACGGCAAAGCAUACCCUCUGUACAUAUAUCAAGGAACAGCUAUUCGCAAAGAUUCCGACGAGGCAAAAGCUCAAAUAGCAGCAGGUUACGGUAUGGUUGGAUUCGACGAUGCUGGGCCUAAACGUGCAAAAGUUAAGAAAUCAGCUGCUGAUGAAGAGGAAGAAGAAGAACCUGAGGCUGAACCAGCAGCAGCAGCUGAGGAAGCUAAACCAGAAGAGGAUGCGGUUGUCGAAGAAGAAAAACCUACUGAAGUUGAAGUUCCUGCUGAACCUACUGAAGUUGGAGUAGAAGGUGAUGAAACUGUAGCAGCUGAAGGAGGAGAAGAAGCGGAACCAGAACAAAAAGAGGAACCUGUCGAUGAUGGAUCUGAUGAGGUGCUGGAUAUAAAGCCUCGAGUGAAGAAACUCGCCAACCAAUUCAACUUUUGUGAAAGAGCUGCACUCACGUACAACUUUCCAAGACGUUCUGUGGACACUCAAACAGUUCCUCCACCUCGAGCUAACUAUGGUGCUACUGCUCUACAAUGUAUUAUCUUCGAUUUCUACCAAGAAGACUAUGCAAAGAAGCUCAAAGAGAAGGAAGAAGAGAAACCUAAAAGGUUACGAAAGAAAGCUGCUAAACACGCAAAGUCUGCUCAACAAAUUCACGACGAACAAUUGGCCCAAAGAAUCCGUGAAGCGUGGGCGAUAUUAGAGAGAUUGGUAAAUCAAAACAUCUAUGAUGAUAUUGCCCAAGAUUACCGCUAUUGGGACGACCCAUCUGAUGAGUUCCGCGAGGGUAUGGGGUCUCUUCUGCCUCUUUGGAAGUUCCAGUUCGAUCCAAUGCGCACUCAUGCCGUCUGCGACAUACAAUGGAACCCACAUUAUCAGGAUCUGUUCGCUGUUGCUUACGGCUCAUUGGAUUUCACCAACCAGCAGAAGGAAGGAUGCCUGUGCAUGUACAGCAUCAAAAAUCCCGCGUACCCAGAGUACGCGGUCAUCACAGAAUCACCAAUAAUAUGUUUGGACGUUUAUCAUGAAAUACCUUAUCUAGUUUGUGUUGGACGUUACGAUGGAAAUGUAUGCGUAUAUAAUGCACAGUUAACUUUAGAAUCGUCUUAUCAAUAUAAAUCUGACUCUGUGAAAGACAAACAUAGCAAUAUUGUUUGGGAGGUACGCUGGGGAGCUCGUUUAAUUGAUGGAGAAGCUUCGUUCUUCUCCAUAUCUGGCGACGGACGUGUGGUACAAUGGGCGGUAAUGCCUGGAGAACUGCAAGCCACCACCAUCAUCACGCUCAGUUCCAAUGUGCCACCAAUACCGGGCCCUGAUGGAACCAUGAUUACUAUUAACAGCUGCGGCAGCUGCAUCUGCUUCCAUCCAGAGAAAGCUGAUAUAUUCCUCGUUGGCACUGAGGACGGUAUGGUCCAUACUUGUUCCCUGAAGUACAACAAGAACUACGUACGUUCCGUACAAGGUCAUCACAUGCCCGUCUACAGGAUACACUACAAUCACUAUAAUAACAGCAUCUAUGCAUCUUGCUCGGGUGAUUGGAGAGUGAAAAUAUGGGAAGAUGGGCGAGAUGAGCCUCUAUUCAUGUUUGAGCUGGGCUCGCCAGUGGGCGACGUGAAGUGGGCCCCUUACUCCAGCACUGUGUUUGCUGCAUGCACUGCCGAUGGAAAGGUGUACGUUUACGAUUUAAAUGUGAAUAAGUAUCGACCCAUCUGCAUACAAGCUGUUGUUUCUAAGAAGACAAAAAAAUUGACAAGAUUAGACUUCAACACUCGUCUACCGGUUAUUGUGUGUGGAGACACCAAAGGUACUUGCCAUGUAUUGAAACUAUCACCUAACCUAAGAGUUAUGUGCAAACCACCCAAAAAAGCUCAAGGCGUUGACCAAAGAACAUUACAGAUUAUGAAGCUAGACAAACUUCUGAGUUUGGUCCGCGAUCCGCCUUUCACUCCUGGAGUCGUCGACGAGAAAUUUGAAGAAGAUUGAAAUUUAUUAUUUUUACAAUAUUUAAUAAGGUUCUAUUGCGUUACAAUAUUAUUGAUUUUUAAGUAGGUAUGAUAUUAAAUAAAACACAUUUUACUUGUA